AUGACACUGACUUUUGUGGGCAGUGGAGAUGAACAGAAAGCCCACAACCCAGGCAGAAGAGGACUAGCUGCCCUCAGACCCCUUAUGAAACUCAAGAUUGUCAAAAAGAGGACCAAGAAGUUCAUUCUGCACCCAUCACACCAAUAUGUCAAAAUCAAGCCUAACUGGCAGAAACCCAGAGAUAUUGACAACAGAGUUUGUAGAGAGUUCAAGGGCCAGAUCUUGAUGCCCAAUGUUGGUUAUGGGAGCAAGAGAAAAACAAAGCACAUGCUGCCCAGUGGUUUCCGGAAAUUCCUGGUCCACAAAAUCAAGUUGCUGGAAGUGCUGCUGAUGUGCAAGAAAUCUUACUGUGCUGAGAUCGCUCACACUGUUUCCUCCAAGAACCGCAAAACCAUCAUGGAAAGAGCCACUCAGCUGGCCACCAGAGUCACCAACCUCAACGCCAUACUGUGCAGCAAAGAAAAUGAAUAG